CGACGUGGGGGACUGGGGGACGGGACCCGGCCCGCGGUACGACGUCUCAUGUACGGCGGGCGGGGCGGGGCGGGGCGGGAAGGGCCGUGACGGCCGUGACGACACGCUUUCCCGGUGAGUCUGUGCGCCCGACCUUCCGGCCGCUGGAUCGCGGGCUCGUACGAGCUCGCUGCCGAUUAUGCCGAUUAUGCCAUUAAUGUGCGAUUUGCAUAAUUCGCUCGCACGGCUGCACUCGCGGUGCCUGCCUCUUGGCGUCGCCGACCUGCAAUUGAGAGGAUUCCAGGGAGUCCUUUCAUGGCGUGCAUCGAUGGAUAGAGGUCCGGCAGAAUCUUCAGUUUCCCGUCUACGACUCUGACGCUGUCAAUCGGCGGGUGAGCUUCGGAACCAUUGUCAUUCCAUCGGGUCCGGACUUGCUGAGAUGGAUUCAUGAAUGCUCAUGCAAGACACGAGACGUAUAAUCCUGGAGCAAACCUGGCCCUGACUUUUCCCCAUCGCUCACGGCAUGUAAUUCUGACAAUUGGAAACUCUACUCUGCGGCCUGCACCGGCAGCAACUUCUUUGCCAUCGUCGAGUCCACAAGUCCUGUACGCAGGAGGGCGAGCAUUACGUAUGGACUUUAUAUAAGUACCCUCCAGGUGGAGCCAUACCCGUACCAUGAGAACAUGCUCAAAUGAUCCAGAUUCUCGUCGGGUACUCAUAGUAAUAAGGCCGUGCGCUCGUUGUGGACGGUUUUCCAACUUUUGCUUGUUUAAGUGAUUGCGCUGGCCCGAGUAGAAGCGGAGCCAGGAUCAGAAUCCUGCAUGUACGCAGCAUCUCUUGAUCGAUGAGCAGCUCGUGAAUAACGACCGUCUUUUCAGAACUCUAUCCCUUCGUCUCGAGCAGGUGACAGCGUCAUGCAAAUCUCUUUCGCCCACAUCAGAAACCUGCAGUAGCUUCUCGGUGCCUAUAGUUCAUGUACAACUUGGUCCUUAUGACUCAGAGAGAAAGAGAGACGCUGAUUUCCAUAUAUUCUUCUGUGAACGCCCUGUGUUAUUGACAUGUAUGAAUAGGAUCUGACGAUGCACGUAUACUUGUUUCCAUAGCUACCGAGCUCAUGUUAACCAGAGUUGCACGACGAUGUUUUCCAGUGACAAAUAUAAACUGAUUCAGAGUCAACCACCAGCUUGGCCCCUUGCUUGCUUGAUCACAUAACAUGGUCUCCGAACUUGAAGGUCACGUAAAACUUAUACUCGACACUUCGUUCUCCCGAGGCUUGGACUCUAGGAGGACGGGACGCCCAUCAGGAAAUGGUGAAAUUCCAGAAACAGCUCGCGGGACAAAUUGUGUCGGAAUGGAAAGAAGGAUACUGUGACUAUAAGCAGCUGAAGAGGGAUGUGAAGCGAAUCAAAGAACAUGUGGACGUCGGAAAGCCCGUGGGCGAGGUGGAUGUACAGAAAUAUAUCGGCAGUCCUUUGGUAGCAUUCUCCGACAGGCUCGUCCAUCAGUCUCGCUUCCUGUGGGACAGAGUGGAGAACAUUACGUGUGUGUGUCUAAGGAGCUAGAUAUUGAGCAAGGGGCAAAUGAUGUCACUGACUUCCUUCAGCGGGCAAGGUUCAUUUUCGUGGACUCCGAUGCCCUGGUAGCGAGGAGGAUCUCUGCGACACAGAACUCUACGAGACCGAGCUGUUAGACUCGUCACUUAUACCGAUGGAGCUUGCCUUGGAAUUCUUCCGAAGACUGGAUGCAGAAUUGAACAGAGUAAAUAGGUUCUACAAGCUGAAAGAGGAAGAAUACACUCUUCGAGCGCAUACUCUGCAGCUUCAGAUGGCCACACUUCUUGAGUUGCGAAAAGCUCUUGCCCGCGAUGGCGGCAAGAGUCCUGGUACUGGAGUCUGCGUAUCCGAUGCGAAAGACGAGAACAAAUCAGAAGCAAUACUCGAUGUUUGGAGCAUACCGCCCGGACAGGAAGGUGCAAUCAGCAAAAAGCAAGUGCAGCACGCCGAAAAGCUCUUGCGCACUGCGUUUGCUGACUUCUACCGUGGGCUAGGUCUUCUGAAAAGCUACAGUUCUAUAAACAUCAUGGCCUUCUCGAAGAUUUUGAAAAAGUUCGAUAAGGUUACAGGAUGGAGUGUGUCAGCAACAUAUUUGAGAGCGGUAGAAACCUCGUACUUUGCGAGUUCAGAGAAGGUGGUCAAGUUAAUGGACAGGGUCGAGAACAUUUUCACGCUGCACCUUGCGAAGAGAAAUCAUCGUGAAGCUAUGAUUUAUUUGAGACCCUUGCAAGACUCUUCGAGCAACUUCCUCUCGUUUUUCCUAGGCAUAUUUACAGGAUGUUCAGUGGCGUUACUUAGCAUACUCGUUUUGAAGGGCAUCAUUCCCUUGAGAUGGGAGUCUGGUGUCAAUACACAUGGAGAGCAUAUGAGAGCCCUUAUUUCAGUAUCCAGUACUGUGGGGUUGGUUCUCCUACAUUUGUACAUGUAUGGUUGGAAUGUAUAUCUUUGGCGUGGAGCUCGCGUCAACUAUGCUCUCAUUUUUGAGUGGGCGCCAGGAACAGAGCUUCAGUACCAGCAGGUGCUGCUUUUGAGCACUGGACUCACCUCCUUGUGGAUGUUGGCUCUGAUCGUGGUGAAGUUGUACCCAACUCUACCGUACAGUGACCUGGUUCCUUUUCUCAUGUUCCUGGUCAUUCUUGUUAUUCUUUUCCUUCCACUUGACUUUUGCUACCGAUCGACAAGGGUGGUAUUUCUUCGUUGUAUGAUACAAAUAAUGAGCGCCCCGUUUCAUAAGGUCGUUUUGGCGGAUAUCUUCUUAGCAGAUCAGCUCUGUAGCCAGGUGACCGCAAUGAGAAACAUUCAGUUCUUAAUAUGCUAUUACUUCGAAGGCUACUUUGAUUUGCAAGACAAGAGAGCUUGUACCUCCCAGUGUCCGACAUUUCGAAACCUUCAAUAUGUAGUAGCUAUGCUUCCUUCAUGGUGGAGGCUCAUGCAGUGUGCAAGAAGAUGGAUGGACGACGGUGAGGUUCAGCAAGUGCUCAAUGGUGGCAAGUAUCUAUCGGCACUGAUCGCCGCUGUAGUUAGGGUGGCUUACGUCCAAAGUGAAACUGGAGGUUGGCUAAUCGUUUACGUUGCAUGCUCGUUAGUUUCAUCUCUGUUUGGUGUGUACUGGGACACCGUGCGCGAUUGGGGUCUUCUGCAGGCCAAGUCAGCCAAUCCCUGGUUGCGAGACCAUCUCCUCUUGAAGCAUAGGGGUGUGUACUACAUCUCGAUGGUAACAAAUAUCGUUCUAAGAAUGGCCUGGUUGUUCGCUGUGGUCGUGGAAGAAACCUCGGACCUUGACCGCAACACAGUAGAUCUUGUUCUGGCUACCUUGGAGGUGAUACGACGCGGACACUGGAACUUCUACAGAUUGGAGUAUCAGCACCUGCACAAUUUUGGCGACUUUACGGCCUUGAAACAGAUGGCCCUGCCGUUUCAGGACUCGAGUAUACAGGCAUGUAGAUGAGAGAAACUAAAUGUCACGCUUCAAGCAUCGAGGUUGUGUGGCCUAUGCUUUAGGAUGCCACAACUUUCAAACUUUGGACAAGGUAUUGCCACUAAAAGUACUUUCAUGUUUCACGUGUUGAGGUGCUCCAUCGACGGUCUUUACGAUACUUCCCCGGCAGUAGAAAAACACGCGACGGAUGACAAAAAAGAGAAGAACGGCCGUGCACAUCGAUUCCGAGCGCUCUCAUUGGGAAAUAGGCAAUAGAAGAGUAUACCUGCGUUCUGAUCUCAGGUUCCUCGCACGUGUCAGCACUGGCAUGUUUACUGAGACAGAGUCAUCAGAACCAAACGGCUGACAUGAAUGAUUUUAGAGGCAUUUUCCUUUAACAGGCCUCAUGUAGACAGAAUGUAGUAUGAAUACAACACGGACCAGUUCGCAGAGCCACGACGUUCGGUCAGAGAGCCAGGUGAAAAAACCCUUCGAGGAAUUUUGAGUUCGAAAGAGGUGGCACGGCUGGAACCGCUCGAGGAACGAAGACCCCGCGUUUGAUGAUAAAACCCCGUGUGAGAGCUCCCGGCGCUUCGACAAUUUGUGCGGUUGCUUAGCUCACAUAUGAGGCGCAGUCUAAGGUUUCCGUGGACUCAUAACGUGAUUUAGGUGUAAUUGGAACCCAUCCUAAAUCCCUUUGAGGAGCUCAACUGAUACCAUAUGAGUUAAUAAAACUAGCCAGAGAUGUACGACACAUUGUGAUAUCUCUGCUCCGGGCAACUCUGCUUCAGCUGUCUGUUCUCGGAUCUGCUCUCGUCUGUGAACCCUACGAAACCUUCACCUCUUUUCAUCCUUUAAUGUUACAAAAGACUUCAGUAAACUCGGUGAAAUUAUGUCUGAAAGACCUCCUUUGUCCGACAGCGACAUUGCCUUUUCCUUCACGGUACUU